AUGGACGUGAAAGUUUACACUGUCAACGGCGCAGUAGCGGGUUCAUCGUCGUCCAUUCCAGAUUGGCUUAUCAGAAAACGAGCAGCGAAAGGAAAAGGAAAGCGGGUCUCAAAAGAGCAUGUCCAAGGCGCUAUCGAGCUCAUCCAAGGAUUCGAAUUUCCCGAGGCCAGCAACAGAAUAAAAACAACAAGAGACGGUCAUCAUGCCAUAGCUACUGGCACUUAUAAACCUCAAACGAGAGUUUGGGAUCUGGACGAUCUCAAUCUAAAAUUCGAGAGACACUCAGAUGCAGAGAACGUCGAUUUCAUCAUUUUAUCAGAUGAUUGGACAAAGAUUAUGCACUUGCAGAAUGAUCGUACUAUUGAGCUGCACACUCAGGGAGGAUUUCAUUAUAGGACUCGCAUACCGCGCUUCGGUCGGUCGCUGGCAUAUCACUUUCCAUCAUGCACCGCGCUCUUCUCAGCUUCAGGAAACGAGAUAUAUCGACUCAACCUCGAACAAGGACGUUUUCUCAGUCCCCUAGUUCUUCAAGGCGACAACAUCCAAGGCGUAAACUGUAUUGACAUCAACUCCGCGCAUAACCUCCUCACAUUCGGCGUCGAUGGGAACGGGACAGUCCAAUUCUGGGAUCUUCGUUCUAGAUCAUCUGUCGGUGUGCUUCAGGUACCGACCAAUCGACUGCUAAGCCACACAGUGCGGAGUACCAUGCCAGGUGUCGAUGACACCGACGCACUCAGUAUAGGCAUUACAGCCCUCGCUUCCCGAUCAGACGGCCUAUCGUACGCUGUAGGAACAUCUACAGGACAUACCCUCUUGUACGAUAUCCGAUCCACCCGGCCCUUUGCACUAAAAGACCAAGGCUACGGCCUCCCAAUACGCAAUCUUACAUGGAUAGAAGGCGGUCGACUUGCGGGGGACGGUAUGGUAUUGAGCGCAGAUAAAAAAGUUGUCAAGAUAUGGGAUCGUAAUUCCCCCUCAUCCAACUUCGUAUCCAUAACACCUGCAAACGACCUCAACCAUAUUCACCACGUCCCAGGCAGCGGCCUCUUCCUAACCGCAAACGAAGGGAUCCAAAUGGGCACAUAUUACAUCCCUGCACUUGGUCCUGCACCACGCUGGGCUAGUUUUCUGGAAAAUGUUACAGAGGAGAUGGAAGAUUCUACGACAAGGAACGCGUAUGAGGAUUUCAAGUUUGUAGAGAGGAGCGAGCUGAAGACACUCGGCCUCGACCACUUGAUAGGAACCCCCGCUCUCAAACCCUACAUGCAUGGCUACUUCCUCUCCCUCCACCUCUAUGACACCGCACGCGUCAUCGCUAACCCCUUCGCAUAUGCUGAGCAUCGUGAGAAACUCGUCAAGGAGCGGAUGGAGAAGAUGGCCGAGACGAGGAUACGUACCAAGAAGGGUACUGGGGUUGGAGGCGAAGAAGUCAAGGUUAACAAAGCAUUGGCGGAGAGGAUUGAGAGGGGGCUUGAGAAGGAAAGAAGGAAAGAGGAGAGGAGGAGGAGGGGUGUGAAGGGUGGGGAGGAUGAAGAAGCUAUGGACGUUGAUGUUAAUGCCGAUGCUGACAAGGCAGAACAAACUCCAACCGAACUCGAAAAACCAACCCUCCUCAACGACCCUCGCUUCCAAGAUUUAUUCCUGAACCCUGAAUUCGCAGUGGACGAGACGACGAGGGAGUAUGCGCUUUUGCAUCCUUCAGCUUCGGGUUCUAAGCAGAAGGUAAGAGGGAAGACUGCUGUCGAGGAAGAGGAAGAGGAGAGUGAGAGGGCUUCGUCUAGUGGGAUUAGUGAGGAUGAGAGUGAGAGCGAAGGUGGUGAGGGGGGCGAUAGUGAUGAUAGUAGUGAUGCUGGUGAACUCAACAAAUUCGACCCGCGCGCGCGUCCAGGCCAAAAGAACGAACGCGCACACCAAGCAUACACGCGUACGCGCCAAUACAACAGACAGUCCAACGCCAACGUCAAUUUCGUUCCUCUGGUCCCACACACUGAAACUAGUACGAGCGCGAGCGCAAGAAAGACGAUUGAUAAGACUGCUACGUUUGGACAGCGACGGAAUGCACCUGCACGUGGUUCCUCCCACACUACGACACCCCGCGACGCAGCGAAUGGAGGUAAAGGAGGGUUCGAGAUGAGCUGGAUCCCUUCUUCCACAAAAGAUUUUUCAAGAGAUCGGGGGAGCAGAAAAGACGGAAAUGUGAGGAAGGGUGUGGAGGUGUUUGGAGCUGGUAUGGAGCGUGGGGGUGGGGAUGGGGAGAGGACGGUUAUGUUGAGUGAGAGUGAACGGACGGGAAGGAGCCAGCGGAGGAAGGGCAUGAGAAGUGGGAGUAAGAAUGUGUUUAGGCGGUUAGGAUAG